AUGGAUAAAAAUCAGAAAAAAAGAGAGGUCAAGCUCCAGGAAAAAUAGCAAAAGAAGAAUAAGAAUGUUGGGGGAAGCAGCAAAUAGAAGAAUGAAGUCAAAGAUAGAAUUCAAGAAGGCAUGAUGUCCUCCAAAUUUAGAUUUUUAAACGAGCAACUUUAUACAUCUGAGAGUGCUAAAGCAAUAGACAUGUUUAAAGAGAAUCCAUAGCUAUUUGAAGAUGUAAAGUACUAUUAAUUAGCUAAUUGUAUAUAGUAUCAUACAGGGUAUCGUCAUUAGGUUGAUAAAUGGCCAAAGAAUCCAUUAGAUAUUAUAAUUGAUGAAUUGAAGAAGGACAAGUAUAAGACUAAAAAUAUUGGAGAUUUUGGAUGUGGAGAAGGACGUCUUGAGGUGGAUCUCAAAGCAAGUGGUCAUUUGGGCAAAAUAUACUCAUUUGAUGCAGGGAAAAUGAGCGAUCAUAUAGUUCAAUGCGAUAUUGCUCAUGUACCUGUCAAGAAUAAUCAUUUGGAUAUUGGAGUUUUCAGUUUAUCACUGAUGGGAACAAAUUUCACUGAUUUCUUAAGAGAAGCGAACAGAGUCAUAAAGCCUGAUGGCAGGUUAUUCAUAGCUGAAGUUAUGAGUAGGUUCCCAGAUAUUAAUGAUUUCGUUAAGAGAAUGAGAAAUGAGGUGGGUUUUAGAUCUUUGAAGGUCAAUAAGCUCAAGGAUUAUUUUUAUGUCAUGGUCUUCGAAAAGGAGGAGGAUGCUAACAAACUUAGAUUGACAAGUGAUUUCAAAUAGCUUUUGACUCCUUGCAAAUACAAAAAGAGAUGA